AUGUAUGUAGUUGAAGUAGAUGUUGCAAUUGAUGAUCUGCAGCGAGAACUGGCUGUAAAAAGUAAUGUGAUUAUAAACUUGCAAUGUGCCUCCGCUAUUCCUAGAGGUGAGGCUUUGGACACUUUAGCACAUGGCACCAAGGACGACCUACCUAAACCCAGGAGACGUGACAGCCAGCGUCCAGCAGCAUUUCAUUUAUCAGAGGACCCAACAGCAGUUUUAACAAGAGAGAGAGACUGUAAGUUAACAGCUGAAAACAGUCAGCUGAAUGAACGGAUAAAUAAGUUUCAAGAUGAGCAAAAGCAAUUCAAAUCCAUCAUUGAACAGCAAGAGCAGGAACUGAGAAUGCUCAGGAAGCAGCUCGAUGUUGGGCUCUACAGACAUGACCAGCAGCAAUGUCAUCACCCGGACGUAAAGGUGAACAGGAAGAUGGCUGAUCCAUUCUCAUUGAAGGCUGGUCCUUCAGCAAAGACUGAUCAUCUCACAAACGAAGAGGAGCUGGAGAUGUUUUUUCAGCAGAUUUGUCAACAAUUUAAACAACUCUCUACCUUGACCACAAAACAAGCUGAACUUCUGGGCAAAUCUAAGUACAGCAACAAUACCAUUGAUUUAGAUUUCUCGAUACCUAUACAAUGCACUGAUGAAGGAGCACAUGAACAGGCAGAAGGACCUUGCAUUGGGAAAGAAGGCAAGAAAGUAUGUAAAGGCCCUUCAACAGCGCAAGGAUCUGGUGUGUACCAGAAUCAACUUCCGGUUGUUCAGUCCUUGUCUGAACUGAACAUCAAGUUUCCACCCUCUGAUGGUGACUAUGAGUUCCUAAACAGUGCUGCAGAGAAACCUCAAACAAAGCCUGCUUUUGAAGGCCCUGGUGAUACAGUUGAAAAGGCAGUGUUGAAAGACACGGUUCAGGACAUGGCCUGCAAGAAGUUUAAUAAGCCAGAAUGCACUUCACUGGAAACAUCUCCUGAGGAGCCCACCACUGAGGCAGCACAGAACGCUUUUUGUGAUGAGCAAAAACCCUCCACAAAUUUCACCGUUUUGACGUAUGUGAAAGACGACAACAGUCCAUUCAGGAACCCGGCAGGUCCUGCCCAUAAACCUUUCCGAAACAUUGAAGAGUCCCAUAAGGUGUUUCAGUCAUCACCAACAGAGAUCAGAGGGCCACAAAAGACUCUGUGGACUCCUCACCACAAUAAAGAUGGUAUACUGCCUCAAGGAGCUGGAAACUCUGACCUGGAAUCAAACUCCAAAAUCUGUGAAUUCUGUCAUAAGGUCUUCCCAGCAGGCACUAAAUCUAAGGAAGAUUUCCUCAGGCAUCUUAAUUCACACUUUAAGGAUGGUGCUAAAAAUGGAUUUUAAUACUUGUACAAUUCCACGAUGAGAUAAAGAAGCUGGCUGCCCUAACAUGCAAGCGUAAUGUUACCCAACAGCCACUUUUAGCCUGAAGAUUAUAUAGGACUGUAAAUAUCAUGAGGUCAUCUGAUGACCAAAGCCUGCAUUGUAAAGAUUUUCACCCACUUUAAUUAUUAUUGUCAAGUGGUUGCAUAUAUUUUUUAACGCAAGAAAUAGAUGCUUUGUAUUAUUUGUGACUAUGUUAGGGUUGACUGCUCAGAAACAAAUAAAAUUAUGCAAUGCUUCAGCGCUUCACCAGCAUUGUGUUGUGGCUAAAGCUAUUGCUGAGUGAACAUUCA